UUCUAGGGAGGGUGAGAAGUGGCCUCUCCUGUCCUCUAACUGUGUCUUGACUGGCGUUGAUUGCUGGGGCGCUGGUGGGCGCGGGGAGGCUGUUCGCAGCCAGGCUACCCCUUUCACAUGCAUAAAAAAGGGGUUUGGAUCUUUUCAUGGGCUGUGCUUGGUGAAAACAAGAGUAUCCUGUUUUGACCUCUCCCAGAUCCCUGCACUUGCUUGGAGAAAAGCAGGAUGUGGCACGAAGCCCGAAAACAUGAGCGGAAGCUCCGGGGGAUGAUGGUGGAUUACAAGAAACGAGCUGAGCGUCGGAGAGAGUAUUAUGAAAAGAUAAAAAAGGAUCCGGCCCAGUUCUUGCAAGUCCAUGGCCGUGCAUGCAAGGUCCACUUAGAUUCUGCUGUAGCUCUUGCAGCUGAAAGCCCUGUGAAUAUGAUGCCAUGGCAGGGGGAUACUAACAACAUGAUUGACCGGUUUGAUGUCCGAGCCCACUUGGACUACAUCCCCAUGUAUACUCCUCCACUGCUGAACCCAAUCUCCCCAGAGCAGGAGUCCGAUGAGAGGAAAUGCAACUACGAAAGGUAUAGAGGUUUGGUGCAGAACGACUUUGCUGGCAUCUCGGAAGAGCAGUGCCUCUAUCAGAUCUACAUUGACGAGCUGUACGGGGGACUCCAGAAGCCCAACGAAGAUGAGAAAAAGAAGCUAGCGGAGAAGAAGGCUUCCAUCGGCUACACGUAUGAGGACAGCACGGUGGCAGAGCUGGAGAACCCCUCCGAGAAACGAGCCGAGGAGGAAGACUCCGAGGAAGACAGCAACACAGACGAGGAUGAAGUUAUCCCCGAUAUCGAUGUCGAAGUUGACGUGGAUGAGCUGAACCAGGAGCAAGUCGCCGAUCUGAACAAGCAGGCGACCACCUAUGGGAUGGCAGAAGGAGAUUUCGUCCGGAUGUUGCGGAAGGACAAAGAGGAGGCAGAAGCCAUCAAACACGCCAAAGCCUUGGAGGAGGAGAAAGCCAUGUACUCGGGCCGGCGCUCUCGGCGGCAGAGGAGGGAAUUCCGAGAGAAACGCUUGAAAGGAAGGAAGAUCAGUCCUCCGAGCUACGCCCGGAGAGACAGCCCCACCUACGACCCCUACAAACGAUCGCCCUCGGAAUCGACGUCCGAGUCCCGCUCCCGCUCCCGCUCGCCUUCCCCGGGCCACGAGGAGAAGAUCACCUUCAUCACCAGCUUUGGGGGCAGCGACGAGGAAGCGGCAGCCUCUCAAGCCGGAGGAGCCCCCAGGAAGGCCGCCUCCCUCGGCAAGGCACGCUCCGGCCAAGUGCAGCAGGCCAGCGCUGCGGCAGGUCAUAGCGCCUCCUCCCGGCGACGCUCCACCUCCUCCUCCUCCUCCUCCACGUCGUCGAGCUCUUCCUCCUCCUCCAGCUCGCGGUCCAGCUCGCGGUCCCACCGGGCCGGCGGGUACCACAGAACCAGCCGCUACGGACGCUCGCGCAGCCACAGGCACUCCCGCUCGCGCAGCAGGACCAGGCGGUACUCAGCGGGAGGCUCGCGGGACGGACGCCGCCACUCCAGGUCGCGCUCGACGGAGCGGGGCUGGCGAUACGGCUCCCGCCGCAGGUCCAGGAGCCAUUCCCGGUCCGGGGAGCGCUACCGGUGGAGCAGCGGCAGGGGAGGGAGGCAUUGGAGCAGCAGCCCCAGCAGCGGGAGCGAGAGCGAAUCCCGAAGCCGCAGCCGGUCAGCGUCUCCAGCCAGAGAGAAACCGCUGAGGCCUGCGGCUUCCCCGGCUAUAGGGGAGAAACUGAAAAAGGCUGAAACUGCCGGUGGGAAAGAGACAGGAGCUGCCAAACCAAAGCUGACGCCGCAGGAGAAACUGAGGCUGCGCAUGCAGAAGGCGCUUAACCGGCAGUUUAAAGCAGAUAAAAAAGCUGCCCAGGAGAAGAUGAUGCAACAGGAGCACGAAAGACAGGAGCGAGAAGAUGAGUUGCGUGCCAUGGCUCGGAAGAUCCGGAUGAAGGAGCGCGAGCGCCGGGAAAAGGAGCGAGAGGAGUGGGAGCGACAGUACAGCCGCCAAAGCCGCUCGCCUUCCCCGCGUUACAGUCGAGAAUAUAGCUCUUCAAGGAGGCACUCACGCUCCCGAUCCCGGAGCCCUCAUUACCGGCACUAGAGGUUCUUCCCGGCACGGUGCUGCGCUGGCAACCUCCCGCCCCACUGGUUCACCAGGCCCCGUGUAAUCCCGCUGUGUAAUAAUGCUGUACAUUGCUGGUUUUGUUUUUAAGUUGUAAAAAUUAAAAAUUAAAAGUGGUUGCCUCUUGACAAGAA